CCCUCCAGUUGCUUGCUCGCCCGACCGCUUGACAUUCUUUUACCUAUAAGGUCUGCUACGAGCACCUAUACCCGCCGACUAUCAACAUCAUGUCGGAGAGCCAAACCCCCACAACAGCAGAUUUCUCGUCCGCGCCCCCCAAGCGCACGAAGAUCGUCCUACUCGGGGACCAGAGUGUCGGCAAGACCAGUUUGAUUACUAGAUUCAUGUAUGACACCUUCGACAACACGUAUCAAGCCACGAUAGGCAUCGACUUCCUCAGCAAAACAAUGUAUCUUGAGGAUAGGACAGUACGAUUACAGUUGUGGGAUACGGCUGGGCAGGAACGGUUCAGGUCAUUGAUACCCUCAUACAUACGAGACUCUUCUGUCGCUAUUGUCGUAUUUGAUAUCACAAACCGUGCUUCGUUCCUCUCGACCUCGAAAUGGAUAGACGACGUUCGGUCUGAGCGGGGGAACGAUGUGAUCAUCGUGCUGGUGGGGAACAAGGCGGAUCUCUCGGACAAACGGCAGGUAACAUUGGAAGAGGCGACCACGAAGUCUCAGGAGAUGAACGUGAUGUUCAUGGAGACGUCGGCGAAGGCAGGACACAACGUCAAGAGCCUGUUCAAGAAGAUCGCCAUGUCGCUGCCAGGAAUGGAGAGCCAGGCCGACAAGGACGCAGCAAACACCAAAAUCGACGUUACGACGACGAAGGCUGCCGACGUCCCGGAGGCAUCGCAAUGCCAAUGCUAGCCUACAUCCGACCUAUCAGACGAGGCCGUAGUAUUUGUUCUUUUUUUUUCUAGGAUUCUGUUCCGUUGACCGCCCGGCGCUGUAUAUAAUGUAUUGCUCUGCUUCUGUCUAGAUUGGCGCCUGAGCUGUAAAGAUAGC